UCAGGGGAGACGCCCCUUCCACCCCCCGGCGAGGAGCCGACGACCCACCUGAGUGCCCCAUUGGCUGCCGCUGCUGCAAAUCAAUCAGUCAAUCAAUCAAUCACCUCUCCGGAGGCCGGGCUGGCCCGGGACCAACCCGCUUGGAGGCAUGGAAGGGAUAAAGUUCCCUCCUUGCGCAGGGCAGCGGCUGGCGCUCGGGGGUUGAACUUUUGUCUGCGAGUUUUGUGGGCUGGAGUGGGGCAGCAGCUGAGAUCCUUCCUGGCGGGCAGGCCAAGCCAGGGUAGAGGCUGCACUUGAGGAGCUUGGUCAUCUCUCCGGGUUGGCCGGGCGCGUAGAGGAAGAAUUGACGCAGACAAAUUCCUCAGGCUCAAUCAACUUGAAACAAAACAGCAGGAGGAAGGACUCUGGGCUUUGGUGAUUGUGUAUUCUCCUUGGCCCAGAUGGGGAGAUGCUGAGAGGCAGCCCUGCCCUCCCCAACCCCUGCAGUGAGGGCUGGGGUGCGUUCUGCUCUGACCAGGACCUGUAAUGGGUCUCCUCCUGAAGCUGAGAGGAACAGGAAGAAGACCAGAAAGGAUGUCGUCCUCAGCCCUAGGAAACGAGAGCUCCGAAGGCUUUGAGGAUAACCUCUAUACCAGCUGGUAUAUUGACGAACCAGCAGGCGAAGAGACGUCCCCACCAGAUGAGUUCAUUCCCAACUGCCAACCCACAAUCCCGCUCAGCCUGUUCCACACCUGCAUGGCGCCCUUGUCGCUGGCCACGAUGCUCACACUGACUCUGCUGGUGAAGCGCCGGCGGCUAUCCAGAGAGUGCUGGACUGGGGUGCCUGGGCUGUUAAGCCCUGUGAAUUUUCUAGAAGAGGAAGGGCCCCGGGGCCCAGCUGCUGCGGUGUUUGGGAUCCUCUUCAGUUCGCUGUGUGUGCUGGUCCUGGCCGAGAACCCCAUGCCAAUGUUGACUCACACCUCUGCUGCUGGACGAGAGUUUUGGAAGAUUAUUGCUUUGCUGUAUUAUCCUGCCUACUACUAUCCUCUAAUUGCCUGUGCCACAGUCAGACACAGAGUUGGUUACAUCCUUGGCUGCUUGCUGUCCUGGACCCACUGUGGGGUUCUUAUCUGGCAGAAAGUGGAGUGCCCACAGUCCCCAGAGAUCUACAGGUAUUACUCUCUUCUAUCCCAUCUUCCUAUCAUCUUGUUCCUCCUCUUCCUGAGUUUCUGGUACCCAAAACUUCUGCUGAAGAGCUUUACUCAGAAGAGAACAUCGGCUGGUUUGGAGAUGCCUGGAAACCAUUAUUACCAAGAAUACCUCAAACAUGUCCUUGAUCCCAGAAAGCAGAGGGGCAGUUCCAGCCUCACCAAGCAGACCCUUGCCUCCAGGCUCAUCGCCUUCCUAGGCUCUUACCUCUACGCCCCCCAGCAAGGUUUCCGACUUCCUUUGCAGCUGAUCAUCUCAGCUACCUUGGUUGUCGUGGCUAUUUAUCAGGUAGCCCUGCUUCUCUUGGUGGUUUUCAUCCCUACCAUGCAGAAGGUGAGGGCAGGGAUCACGGAAGACAUUGCCUUCCUGUUGGCAGGGUUUGGUGUCAUCCUUUCAGAAGACAAGCAGGAGGUGAUGGAGUUAGUGAAGCAUUACCUGUGGGCUCUGGAAGUGUGUUAUGUCUCAGCUCUGGUUCUCUCCUGCUUGGUGACCUUCUUCAUGCUGAUGAGCUCUCUUGUGGCACACAGAGCUAAUCUGAAAGCGUUGUACCGAGGGGCCAAGCUAAGCGUGUUCUGCCGUCCCCGGAAUGUGCGUCCAUCCCGAAUGGCUCUCUUCUGCUGGAUGAGCUUCACCAGCUACCAGACAGCGUUUGCCUGCCUAGGGCUCCUCAUUCAGCAGCUGAUCUUUUUCCACUGCAUCGUGGCCUUCGCCUUCCUGGUAGCAGUCCCCAUCCUGUAUGGCAGGAACCUGCUUCUCUUCCAAGUCUUGAAGAUGAUGUGGCCAUUUUGGUUGACCCUGGUGCUGGCGGUACUCCUGCAGAACCUGGCCGCUCGCUGCCUCUUCCUCAAAGACCACCUUGGACACCAAGAGCUGACCAACAGGAGAGCCUUUUACAUAGUGACCUUCCUGCUCUUCCCCAUUAAUGUGCUGGUGGGAGUCCUGGCAGGUGUCUGGAGGAUUGUCCUCUCCGCCCUCUACAACAUCGUCCACCUGUGCCUGCUGCACCUCAGUUUGCUGAAUCGAGGAGUGGAGACUCUUGACCCAGGUUACCGCACUUACUGCUAUUUCUUGAAAAUUGAGGUCAGCCAGUCACACCCAGUGAUGAAAGCCUUUUGUUCCUUGCUUCUCCAAUUAUCCUGCUCAAAGCCACUGAUGGGUCUGAAGUCCUGUGAUGUGGAAGAAGGGAUCCAACUGAUGCACACCAAGAAUCCAACAGUCAGCAGGGCCAGAUCAAGGCAAGCCCGAGCCAGAUGGUGGCUAACUUACACCCUCCUCCACAAUCCAGCCCUCCUGGCCUUCCGCAAGACUGUUCUCACUGACUCCCAGGCCAAUGGGAAGCAAUCCAGCCCCACACAGCCCUGAGGAAGGAGAGAGACACUCUGGUCUAUAACUCUAGCCAGGGAUGCCCCCUGGGCCCUUUCCUCUACCCUGUCAGAAAGUUCAGAUUACUCCUGCAUUGCUGCUCUGUUUCCUUCUCCAAGAGAUGCUGAAGGGCUUCUGACCCAUGGAGCAUCUGGCUGGCUGCCCUGGGCAGUAGGCUCUUACUGUGUGGACAUUACUUGCCAUGUUCCCAGGGAAAAGCUUGGUUGACCAGGUCUGGAAUCCCUCACUUCAUUUGGUGUUGCUUUGGAUUUUCAAAUUAGGAGACCCAGGCUGGCAUUUUAAUUCCUGGGUGGUUUGGAUCCUGCUGCCUACAGCUGAAAUGAGUUGGGUGAGCCCUGUUGUGGAUGCCUCUUCCAAGGGGAGACCCAAAGCUAGGAGUGAGGGCAGCUGGAGGCAUAUGUGGGGUUUUUUUUGGGGGGUGGGGGUUACGGAGGGGACUUCACGCUACAAGAGAUGUGGCAUUCUCAGCACAGCAGUUCUGAAAGGGGAACCUCUCUUAAUGGCCACUGCUCAAAUUGUUUCUAACUCUCAUCCUUUCAAUGUUCCUUUGGCUUUCAUGGAUUCCCAGAGGCCUUACCAAAACCUUCUGAGGAUGCUUCAGGUUCAUGUCUAUUCCAGGAACUAGUGCCACAUUCUGACCAGGGCAUCUCACCCAGUACAGAAGGGGCAGUCUUCUAGACCAUGGGCCCCUUAUGCCACCCAAUGAUUUGGGUGUUGUCACGAGCCUCAGAGGGCCCAUCCUGAGUCCGAACUACUUGGGUGACUCACCCCUCCCUCCUUCUCCUCCUCCUCCUCCCUCUCCUCCUCCUCCUCCCUCUUUUCCCUUUCCUCCUCACUUCACUUUUCAAAAGAAAACCAUGGCAAGUGGUGAAGUCUUGGCUAUUGUGCUGCUGCCUUCAAGUUUCAUAAGAUUUGUUGGAUAGAUUCCUGAUGGGGGAGGUUUAGGUAAAUUCUGUUCAGGGGGUAUAAGUGAGAGUAAAUGAUUUAGUUGGCAGCCAUAUCUGCCCUGAGACAGUUUUUUAUAUAGUUACUACUCAGUCUGGGCUGCCUCAUCCAAACAUGUAAACUUGAUAUCCUGAUAGUUUUUGUAGUUUUGUAUGUGUGUAUAUUACCAAAGAAGAAAAACUGUAUUUCCUCAAAUAAACAAAUCCAAAGGAGA